CCAAUCGGCGUCCCGGAAGCCGCGAGUUGCGGCGUCUGAGCCAGUGAAUGACAGCAGCGCCGCCCGCCGGUCACCGCCGUGGCCCCGCCGGUGCCCCGAGCCGCCUGUCAGCGCGCCCCUGGGGAAGGCGAGCGGCGCGCCUGCCGCCCGAGGGCCUCCCCGCUCUCCCCGGCCCCUACCCCGCUGUCCCUCCGCUGCCGGCGCCAUGGGCAGCGAGCAGAGCGCGGAGGCCGAGAGCCGCCCCGGCGAUCUGAACGCCUCAGUGACCCCCUCUCCAGCUAAACAUCGGGCCAAGAUGGAUGACAUCGUGGUGGUAGCUCAGGGUUCUCAGGCCUCCAGGAAUGUCAGCAAUGAUCCUGAUGUCAUCAAGCUGCAAGAGAUUCCAACCUUCCAGCCCCUUUUAAAAGGGCUCUUGAGUGGACAGACAUCCCCAACAAAUGCCAAACUGGAGAAGCUGGACUCUCAGCAGGUGUUACAGCUCUGCCUACGGUACCAAGAUCACCUGCACCAGUGUGCAGAAGCGGUUGCUUUUGAUCAGAACGCUCUAGUCAAGCGAAUCAAAGAGAUGGAUCUGUCCGUGGAAACCCUCUUUUGCUUCAUGCAGGAGCGCCAGAAAAGAUACGCCAAGUAUGCAGAGCAGAUCCAGAAGGUGAAUGAGAUGUCGGCCAUACUGCGCCGCAUCCAGAUGGGCAUCGACCAGACGGUACCACUGAUGGAGAGGCUCAACAGCAUGCUGCCGGAGGCCGAGCGCCUGGAGCCCUUCAGCAUGCGGCCUGAGCGUGAGCGGCACUAGCAGGCGUCUGCCUCCCGGGCAGCUCCUCCAGCCUCUGCCUGGGCCCUGACGUUUGCUUAGAUGCGGUUGACCUACGCGGACUUGCCCACGUGGUCAUUCUUGAUAACUGAAGUUGGGACAGUUGAAUUCCUUUGAAUUCUUUAAAGAACUCUGCAUCGAGAGUUAUUUUUAUUUUGCUCAGAUUUUUUAAUUAAAAGUAUAUCUAGACUAGCUACUGUAAUGAAACUGGAGAAAACGUUAAGAAGCCAUGUUCUCCUUGGCACCCUGGGAGACUUUACUCAGGCCCUCUGGGUUGUGGUUGCAAAUAUAAGAUCUAACUGAGUCCAGUUAUUGUUCCCACGAAAGCUCCCGUCACAUCAAGGAGGUAUCUGCAGUGUCAUCCUUUCCUGCUGGGACACUGUCUCUUUGUUUCCAGGUACCAUGCCCCUUUUGUGGGUCACUGGAAACUGAAUUCUCCCUUCACUCACUCCUGAAGUUGUUGUCUGUUAGUAACUGCUUUCCCAUACCGAGUCCAGCCUUCCGUCACCUCGGCAGACCUCGGCCUCCGUAACAAGGUUGGCACCAGCAUUUCAUCCUGUCCACCAAGGGUGGUCGUUCUCUCACUCCAGAGACCCACUGAGCUCUGCUGAUGUGCCAGCGAUGAAAGGGGAGACAAUGCAGUCUCUGCCCUCCAUUGUCAUCUGUAGAUCAUGAUGCCGAGGAAAGAGCUGCUGCCCAUCACAGGAGUUCAAGGAGGAAAUGCUCAAGGGAGGGAGGGGUGGAAUGAAUGGAGGGGGCAGGCCUGAAGACAAGAGCUGGGGGUCUGAGGAGAUCAGGGCUGGGAGCCUGCAGCCUUCACCUGUUCCCUGUAUUCCUCCAGAACCCAGAGGUGAUUUAUCAGGAGUCAGAAUAGCUUUCAGUGUUUUUAUAAGAUUAAAAUUAAUCUGUUUACUUUAUUGUGUAGCAGCUAAACUUGAUCUGAUUCUAAUCUUACUUUUUAAUUUUUAAUUUUAUUUAUUAUUGUCAUUUUGUGUAUCAUGUGUUAUGUGUGAAUAGGAUGGACCUCUAACGCAUGCUUGGAGGUCAGAAGACAACUUUCCAGAGCUGCUUCCCUCCUUCCACCUUUAUGUUGAUUCUGGGGAUCGAACUCAGGUCUCUAGGCUUGUAUGACAAGCAUCUUGACCCACUGAGCCCACAAAAUCCUGUUUCUUAAUCAGAUACUAAUUUAUAAUGUUUUUAAAACCCAAAAUAAAAUGUAGGGCAUAAGAUAGUUGAAUGGCAGAGGAAGCAUGAGUAUUUAAACUACAAGAAAGAAAAAAGAUUAAUUCAGAAAUAGGGAAAAAUAGUAAUGUUUAGUCAUUUCUUUUGUUGUGUUGGGGUUUGAACCAGGUCUGACUGUGUACUUCCAGCUGCCUGGGGUUCACUACAGGCCACGCUGACCUUGUGGCUGCUUCCUGCCUGGGUCCAUAGUGCUGAGGCUACAGGCACUGUUUCACCACGUGUCUAGAAUGUUCCGGAUGACUAAAUAUACAAAGAUUGUCUAUUUCCUUAGAGCUGGAAGAACCCAGGCAGGACCCACCUCUUUCAGGGCAGCCUUUUGGUCAUAUUCUGCCUCCCUUCUUGGGGCUGCUGCCUUCAUUCCCCGUGUGAAGUAGGUGAGGUGGGUUGAGAGAACUGGGGAGCUGCAGCAGCAAGCGGGUGUGGGCCAUUGUUUGACCUGUGCUGAGCCCCCGGUGAAGGUGAUCUUCACGUUUUUUGUCUCAUGACUGGAGCUCUAGCCAUUUCUAGAGCAAUUCCCAGUGUGGUACAAUUUAAAACAGAUGUUGUGUACCUCAGAUCCUAUUCAAUACCCUAAGAUGGUUCUAGACCAUGUCCUGGGUGAAGGAAGCGGCAGCCUACACUGAAUAAUCCCUCCAGGGUUUCCAGUAUACUACCCUUCUGUCUUGUGCAUGCUCAGUUGUCAGAUAAUUGAGGCUCUAGUUCCAAACUGAGUUCUGAUUCAUUGAUCUUUUCUUCCAUAGCGUUUCAUUCUAUUUUUGAUUUUUCAUACUGCUUUAGUACUAUUUCCACAAAGUAUUUUAAUAUGUGAUGUAGCUAAAUGAGGCCCCAUUUAUCCUCAGAAGCACUUUUUCCUUUUUUCUAAGAUUCAGAUGGGCAGAAAGUUGAACAGCAAUGCAGUAGCACUCAUGUCUUCACUAGACUGGGGCAUUUUUAGACUCCCACCACAUGGUCUUCACUGAGUUUCUGGAAUAUUUAGAACCCAGCUCUAUGCACAGAGACAUGCUCAUAUCCCUUCAAAGAACGAAGGGCUAAUUGUCGACAGAGCUGUGUGAACAGUUCAGGCUUCCACCGGCACCAUCAACUUUACUCUGCUUAGUGAGUGCCUGAAAUGCCGCUCACACUCAGCCCCUGAGGACCGGGCUCUUCUGCCAUCUCCUCAUUUCAUGGCAGAAGGGUUGGGGAUGAAAAAAGUUGGAGCAGCUAGCUCACUUUCUUCAAGAAAUCAGGGUAGGGCUGGAGUUAUGCUGGGGAUUCACCUAGUUGCUGUGGGUGGGUGAGGUGGUGUCAGCUUGGCUAAGCCAAACCAUUUCCCAGAAGCCCUCCUGGUCUCCUUUAGGGUGGCAUUGGCCACCAGCAAAGUUCUGAUGAGAUCUGGAAGAAAAGGGUGCUGAAAUUUGUCUCGGGUCAGGCCCCGUUCCAUUUCAUACACAUACUGGGAUGUGCUACAGCCUGGGUUGUGUCAGCUUCUUUGGAACGUUCAUGCACAUGGAUGAAAGCUCCCAUGUGAGGAGAAGCUGCUGAGGGCUUCUGAGGUCCUUUUCCAAGGGAGUCUGGGAAGCCGAGUGAUGUAUCAAAACAUCCUUAUGCUGUCUCUUGGUCAGGUAGUAUCCUCUGACCUAUCUGGCCAGUACAGGUUGUUGUGGAAAUAAAACAGCCAGGAGUUGUCAGGGAGCCCAGGAUGGAAGUUUCUGUCCUUGAUUCUUGGUAAGCCAUCUUUAUUUCCCUGAGCCUCAGUACUAGUUUGGAGCUAAUAUCCCUCACGAAUGUGAAAGGCCCAGUCCUCAGAAAAUGGUACUGUUGGGAAGAGGUGGGCCUAGGAGAUGGGGCCUGGUGAAAGGAAGUCAGGUCAUUGGCAAGCAUGCCCUUGAGAGAAGAAUGUCCCCUUUCCCAUCCACUGUCAAGUCUGUGAUACUCAACUCUGAGUCAUUUGUCCUGGUUUUUGAGAUAGGAUUUCGUGUGACCCAGGCUGCUGGCUUUGAACUCCCUAUGUAGCUGAGGAUGUGACUUUCAGAUGCUGCAGCCUCUUUCCCCAAGUGCUCAGGUGACAGACAGGUGUCACCACACCCAGCACUUGGAGAGCAUCUUGACCUGUUUAGAUGCUGUGAGCUCCCAGGAUUAUCCCUCCCUCCUCCCUCCCUCCCCCCCUCCCUCCGUGCUUUGUAGACCAGAGUUCCAUCCUUGCCUCUAAGACUCUGUUUUGCCUCCCUGUGAUGUGCUUAUCUGUAUUUAGGGACAAACAGCACCGGCUGCAGGUUCUUUGCUACCAUGAAGGGUAACUGAAGCUGGUCAUUAUGUGCAGAUGUUUUUAAUACCCGUGGAGUGGCAUUAAAGCAAGUAACAACGAGGUACGAGGUCCCGUGGCUCUCACUUCUAGUCUCAGUGCUUGGAAGGCUGAAGCAGGCAGAUCACUGUGAAUGCAAGGGCAGCCUAGACCACAGUGAAACCUGAUAUCCAAAACAAAAACGAAACCACACACACACACACACACACACACACACACACACACACACACACACACACACAAAGCAUGCUACAAUCUUAGGGCCUUGUGGUGAUGUUUCUCUGGCUACUUUCAAGUCAACUUGACACAAGCCAGAGUCCUUUGUGAAGAGGGUACUUCAGAAAAUGUCCCCACUUGAGCCCGUGGGCAAGUCUGAAGUACAUUUUCUGGACUGAUGCGGAAGAGCCCAGUUCACUGUGGGCAGUGCCACCCCUGAGCUGGUGAUCCUGGGUUAAGAAAGGAGGCUGUGGGGAGUAAGCAGCACCCUCCAUGGCCUCUGCAUCAGCUCCUGCCUUCAGGCUGCUGCCCUGUUUGAGUUCCUGUCCUGACUUCCUUCCAUGAUGGACUAUGAUGUGGAAGUGUAAGCCAAAUAAACCCUUCCCUCCCCAACUUGCUUUUGUUCAUGGUGUUUCAUCACAGCAACUCAACCCCAAGACAUAUCUUUGUUUCCCUCAAAGUUGUAUCAUUAGUAAUCAUAUAUAUGUACAUAUGCAUAUAUGCAUGUAUAAGAUUUCUUACCUUUCAGAAGUUAACUCCUCAGAAUAUAAAAUAUACCAUGAACCUAGAUACCUAA